GUUAAUUUUGGAAAGACUUCCGCGUUUGGAAAGAUGAAAGCUUACGUUCACAGUGUCACUGUUUAUUAAUCGAUAUUUAGUUCACAAAAAGUUGUUAACAUGGUAUUCGCCUUCCUAAUAAAUACGUUGCUUCCUGGAAGUUCAAAAGUGCUAUUUUACCAGUUCUACGGACAAAGGGCGCUGCCAAAAGACGACUCUGACAUCACAUUUGAAGAAAUUCGGACAGGCCGAAAAAACGAAAUCCACACGAUUGCAAACGAAGUUCAUUCGGAAUAUCAGUUCCGGAGAUCCGUCUCCAACAGAACAGUGGAAGAAGAUGUCCAGAGAUUAAACAGCGACGACAUGUUGCCUGAUUUUGACACGGGACAUUUUUUAAUACACGAAGGACAUAAUUUUCCCAAAGGUAGCUUUGUGACUUGGAUGGGGGCGGGGUUUACGGGCUUUGCUUUGGUGUGUGAUAAAACUGAAAGUAGAUUGACGGCAGAAUCGGUGUUGAGACUUCUCGUUCGGUACCUACAAGAGUAUGUCCGUGUGUUGAAUCAACCGGCGGAGACCGGCAUUCGUAGUGACCGAAUUCUUCUUGUACUGAAUAAAUUCCUACCAAGCGGAAGUCUUCUGGUUAUGAAUCACCGUGUGAUACGGCAUUUGGAAAAGGAACUGGACAGUUUUAUGAAGAAUAUAUAAACUUAAUGUAUAUUGUAUCAAGAAAAUUCUAAAUAAAUUGAAACGUCAAA